GUGCGCGCUUCCCUUCAGUUUCCAGCGCUCUCGUGCGAGGACGGAGCGACGCGCGCUCAACUCCAAACGCACAGAAGUGGCGCGGACGGGAUCCGCUGACGUUCCGAACGGCGACGGAGCUCCCGAAUGAUUUGACCUUGCUUCCUGUCGAAGUGGAGGCCGGCGGAGCCGUCGGCGCGCUCUGCGAUGUCCGCCGCCGCCGCCGGGACGCGGCGUGGGAAGAGAAAGCUGCGCGUCCAGUCCGGGUCCGCGUAGCGCGCCGUUAAUUGCCACCGGAAGACAAUUAGAGGAGGCGAGAGCGGCGGCGUCAACUUUGGAGAAGCUCGUUUUGUGCUGGAACAGCCGGUGGAUGUUGCGCCAUGGAAAUGAAGAUGCGACUUCGAGGCGUGUUGAUGCUGCUGUGGAUCUUUCAAGGUGACGUCCAGAUGGUGGAGAUCCCCAGGAGGGAGAUGGAGGUGGUGAGAGGUCAGAUGGUGGUGUUACAGGCCUGGUACAGCCCCAUCUCAGACAUUUCGAAAAACUCCGUCAUCUGGCACUUUGUGGGGAACGAGUCCAAGCAGGUGAUCAACUUCAGCUCAGGUGAGGUCGGACACGGGCAGAACGAGUUCACCAAGAGGGCGGGCUUCAGCGUGGCCAUGCCGUCAGCCAACCUCUCCAUCUACAUCAACAACACCCAGGAGUCGGACUCCGGACGCUACGUCUGCAACGUCAUCAUCCCCGGAGCUGUUGGCAUUUCUGGAGAGAUGCGCCUUAAUGUCAAAGUCCCUCCGUCUCCCCCCGUUUGCACCUUGACAGGAAACCCGGUGGUGAAGGGCAACGUGACGCUGACCUGUAAGUCCAGUCACGGGAAACCGGUCCCUCAGUACAAAUGGACCAAGGCGGCGCCCCUGUCGGAGGUCUUCUUCUCGCCCAUGCAGAAAUGGAGAGCCUGUCCUCAGCCCAUGCUUGUCCUUGGGUUCAUGGACGAGAGACACGGCACCCUCAGGCUCAACAACCUGACUAAAAGCAUGUCAGGGAAGUACGUGUGCCGAGCCAGCAACACGGCCGGCUCCGACAGCUGCUCCAUCAACCUGGAGGUCAUCACCUCUUCCAACGCAGGCGUGAUGGUGGGGGCCACUCUGGGCUCGGUUCUGGGGCUGGUGGCCAUCGUGCUCUUCUUCCUCUUCGUCCUGAGGAGGAGACGGGACACCGAGGAGGAGCUGGCCAACGAAAUCAAGGAGGACGCUCAGGCGCCAAAGCGAGUGUCAUGGGCCAAGAGUAACACAGGCUCCGACAUUGUGUCCAAGAACGGCACGCUGUCCUCAAUAGCCACCAGCCCUCGGCCCCGGGACCCCCACCAGCCCAACUUCCACUACCCGUACUCGCCCACCUCGGCCUCGGACGCAGGCUCCGUCAUCAACGCCUACCAGCUGCGGCCGGGAGAGGCCAACACCUUGCAGGGACUGCCCGGCUACAACCUGGGCGGCACUCCCUCGCGCAAACACAAGCGGCCCCCCAGCGCCAACGGGGGCCCCCCGCAGGGCCUCAGGAGCCCCGCGGUGGCGGUCGCCGUCCCCGGCAGGACUGACAGGGCUCAGCCUCAGGCGCCGCCGCUCACCGUGUCCCCGCAGAUCAGCUCCUCCACGCUGACGCGCAUGGGAGCAGUCGCCGUCAUGGUGCCGGCCCAAAGCCAAGCUGGCUCGCUGGUGUAGGCGCCGGUGGGGAAGCAAAAGACGGCGGCUGCUGAUGGACAGGAAGUGGCCUUGAAUGGGAAAACGACCCGGCAGGUUGCGAGAGGAGUCUCACAGGCAGCUUGUGCUUUGUUUGCACAAGUUCUACUUUGUUUUUUUAAUUAACUAGUAGUGUUAACUUCAGUUUCUUUUGUAUUCUGCAUUAUGACUCAUUGAAGAGAAAUAUAUUUUUUAUUUAUACUUAGGAAGAUUGAAUUUUCCUUACAACUUAUCUUAUCACCAUACCAUCUUAUCAAAAUGGCUUUCAAACAACAAUAAUCUGUUAUUUAUUAUUUUAAUUACAUUACAAAAACAUUAACAAUAAUGUUUCAAAAGAGUUUUCUGCAAAAUGCUUAAUGUUUCAGUUACAUUUUUAUUUUUAAUGUAUCAAAAUAUAAAAGCAUUGCUAUGAUUUUAUUCUCUUUGCAUUGUGGCACACACACACAGUCAGUCACACUUCUCAGGCUGAAUGCACUACACCCAGAGAAAAUGAAACUAAUAGCUUUCUUACAGAAUCGUACUUUGUAGAUUUACAAUUUGAAAGGUGUCAAAUGUCUUAGUUCAUUUAGUGUAGAUUAAUGGAUGUGAAUGAAUGACUUUUUUCAUUCAAAAUUAAAUCCUGCAGCUCAGAGUCUGAUUUAUUAAGAGUUUGAGUGUACAAACCAUAAGCUAAUCUACUAUGGGUGCAUGC